UCUCUGGGCUAUAAAUGGCGCUUGGAAGCUCCGACAACAACCCGCUCCAAAUGUUUCCCAUAUUUGUGCCGCCUCUUCGAGUCCAAUCCCAGAAACGAGUCAGGGUGCAGCAGCCCCAAAGGCGCGGGGGGAACCAAGCCCACCAACCCCGCCUACGGGCCUGAAAAAGAAAAAGAAGAAAAUCCCUUCAAGUAGCUGCUCCGCGCGGGCAAAGAAGAGACGGAAGCUCAGAGAAACGGCGGCCAGCCCGGCGGCGGAGCAGCCAUGAAGGCGAAGGCGAAGGCGGAGGCGAAGGCGAAGGAGGGCCACGGGGAUCCCCCGGCGGGCCGGCCCGAGGAAGCGCCCACGUGCUGCGGCUGCCGCUUCCCGCUGCUGGCGGCUCUCUCGCAGCUGGCUCUGGGCGCCUCGGUCUCGGUGCUGGGCUUCCUCAUGGCCGCCAUCAGCUCGUCUCUGCUAGUCCGAGACACUCCCUAUUGGGCGGGCAUCCUCGUCUGCAUGGUGGCCUUAUUGGGACUAGUGAUGCUGUGUGUUUCUUACCAACCGGAUGAGAAGACCUGCAUACAAUUUGCCAUCAAGGUUGCCUACUUUCUGCUGAGCGCUCUGAGUCUGAUUGUCUGUGUUUUGGCCGUAGCUUUUGCUGCCUACUGUUACUCACAGAUCACACAGUUUACCUGCGAAACCACCACUGAGGCCUGUCAGUGUAAACUGGAAACAGUGGAUCCCCUCAGCAGAACCUUCAUGUACAAGAAUGUAUCCGACUGUACUGACAUCACCGAUACUUUCAUCCUUUACUUGCUGAUCCAGAUAGUGCUUAACCUCCUUGCAGCAAUCGUGGGCUUCACAGUGUGUUUUGUGAUGUGGAAAGACAGGUACCAGGUCUUUUAUGUAGGCAUCUGGCUACAGUCAUUAACUACUACGGAGGUCCAACAACAGAAAGUAUAGGCAUCCAGGCUGUGUUGAGAAGAACAGUAAACCAUCACCAUCCCACCACCCAAUGGACAAAAAACACCAUGCACAGCAAAGACUUCAGAUUGACCCUAAUAGAGAUAUGUCUAAUUUUAUUUAGUUCAUUAGGUCAAUUCUGUGUCCAGGGCAGCUGUCUAUCAGCUCCAUCUGGUACGCAGGCUGAGUCCCUACCUGCCCGCAGACUGUCUCACCAGAGUGGUGCAUGCUCUAGUUAUCUCUCACUUAGACCACUGCAAUGCGCUCUACGUGGGGCUACCUUUGAAGGUGACCCGGAAACUACAACUAAUCCAGAAUAUGGCAGCUAGACUGGUGACUGGCAGUGGCUGCCAAGACCACAUAACACUGGUCUUGAAAGAUCUACAUUGGCUCCCAAUACGUUUCCGAGCACAAUUCAAAGCCCUUUAAAGCCCUUUAAAUAAUAAUAAUAAUAAUAAUAAUAAUAAUAAUAAUAAUAAUAAUAAUAAUAAUUUAUUUAUACCCCGCCCAUCUGGUCGGGUUCCCCCAGCCACUCUGGGCGGCUUCCAACAAAACAUUUAAAUACAAAAAUUCAUCAAACAUUAAAAGCUUCCCUAAACAGGGCUGCCUUGAGAUGCCUUCUAAAGGUCUGGUAAUUGUUGUUCUCUUUGACCUCUGGUGGGAGGGCAUUCCACAGGCCAUUUGGUCCAGUAUACCUGAAGGAGCGUCUCCACCCCCAUCGUUCUGUCUGGACACUGAGGUCCAGCUCCGAGGGCCUUCUGGCAGUUCCCUCAUUGCGAGAAGCCAAGUUGCAGGGAACCAGGCAGAGGGCCUUCUCGGUAGUGGCACCCACCCUGUGGAAUGCCCUCCCACCAGAGGUCAAAGAGAACAACAGCUACCAGACUUUUAGAAGACAUCUGAAGGCAGCCCUGUUUAGAGAGGCUUUUAAUCUUUAAUCGAUUAUUUUAUUCUUCUGUUGGAAGCCGCCCAGAGUGGCUGGGGAAACCGAACUAGAUGGGCAGGGUAUAAACAAUAUAUUAUUAUCAUUAUCAUUAUCAUUAUUAUUAUAUACAGUGCUUUUUUCUGUGGGUACGCAUACCCCUAAACAUUUUGUGAAUCUUUGAUACUUUUGUCCAUUUACUAUAUUUAUUUCCCUGAUUUACAAUGGUGAUUUUCUUGAGUCAAAAUGAGAAUACCCCUAAGCAUUUUUUUUUUAAAAAAAGCACUGAUUAUAUAUACAAACCUACAGUGGUUUUAUACUAAUUUUGCUGCCCAGGCAUCUCCCAAAGAACCAUGGGAUUUGUAGUAACUUGCUGAGCAUGUUAAGAAUGAUCAGUUAAGGAUGUGUAGUCCCUUUCACAGAACUACAGGUCCUGUCAUUUCCUGGGGAGAGGGAAUGAAAGUGAAAUGACCAGGUCUGUAGUUUCCAUAUGCUCCACCCGCCUAUCCCAACCUAUAAGAUUAGCUGGAUCUAAACUAACAGAAAAUAUUAUAUAGCUACUUCUGGUCCCAAAGCUGGCAUAUGAAAGACAGUACUUGACUAAUAGCCAAAUCCAUAUAUUGCUGCUGUUGUGGCAAAAAUUUCUAUAUUUGCAUUCCCUCUCCUUUACCAUCUCCAUCACUGUAACACAGCUAGAAUUGGUCAUACAACCCCAAAUCAUCGCAUUUUGCAGACCAGACUGUAUGACCACAUAUGAAAGGUCACUUCUUGAACUUAGUUGGAGAAAAGGCGACGCUAGAAAACCUGAUUUGCUUCCCUUUUAUAGGGUUCAAAACCUGCCACUUGAAACAGCUGUGUCUCUCUACCUCAUCUAGAGACAGCCAUAUGUAAAUACUGCUGCAAUGGAGUAUAAUAUGUUUUGAGGAGACCCUUUCCUCCUAAAUACAUGAUUCCAUGCAGGCAAUGAGACUUGCACUCCAUUCUUCAACAUAUUCACCUUGAAAUAAGCCCUUCUCAUAAAAGAACUUAUAUUCCAAGUAAGAAUGUUGAGGAUUCAAAGCCAAUUUCCCUUAACUGUAUGUAUUGUGGAUCAAGUACUAUCCUACACUCUAUACUUGCAUAGCUGGUAGCAUACAAGGGCUAAUCUAUGAAAACUUACUGGUAGAUAAAUGUCCAUUUUCGCUGCUGAGCUACAAAAUCAACACUGAAUUCUAAGAAAUUACAAAAGAUCCACUUUUCUUGGCUACUUCAGGACAACCUUUCUGAAAUGAAAGGGCUCUCCCAACACUCAUGGACACAGGGAGCAUGGAGAAAAGCACUCCUUGGCCAGAGGUCUUCUGGUGCUGCUGUCCUGCAGAUGCCAGCUUUUAGGAUCACGGCAACAGAACAUCUGCCUCAUCACCUGACAACAUGUCAAGAUGGUGACUGUCUUGCCUAAGCCAUAAAACACAGCCUUGCACAAACCACAGUCACCAAUGGAAGCGCUGCACACUGGGAUGAAGUGGAAGGGCUGGGAGAGACUUAUCACUGUGAAAGCAGUGUUUUCUGGUGGUGCCCAAUGCUCCAGACUGUGCCUUCAUGUGAUUGCCAUCUGCGCCUUGCCAACUCAGUCCUGCUGCUCUGUGUGGGAAGCUGCUUGGAGCUCCGCCUGAAAAGCAGAGCUACAGUAGAACUUUGAAAACUCUGUACAAGACUAAUCUCUCUCUCUCUCUCUCUCUCUCUCUCUCUCUCUCUCUCUCUCUCUCUCUCACACACACACACACACACACACACACACACACACACACACCUGCCAAAUAGUGUGGCAUUUUCUUGGAGCUUCUUAAUAUUAUGUUUGCUACUUUGCCUGAAAAAGUUGCUGUGCUAUUUAUUCUAUAUUUAAAGCUCAGUCUACCAGGAUCCUCCCCUGCCUAUUGAAAUCUCUCCAAUCUCUACCCGCCCCCUGCUUAUGUUUGGAAUGUGUUUUUACAUUUUGGUAAAGGGUGUGGAUUGGGAAGGGGCCUGCAAGGGAGUCAGUGAGGAACAACACUCAAGGACUACCAAAGCAUAAAGACCAGGAACUUUCUUUUGGAAUAAGUUACUUAAUGUUCUGCUUUCCCUGCAUUCUAAUAAUAUUCGCACUCUGCAUGCACAAAAAAAGAUAGAGAAAUGGUGUGGAGCUAAACUGGCAGUAACAACUGAAGGACGCCUCUGGUUUCAGCUUCUGCCUGUCAAGAAAGACAUGCUGGGAAGGAAGUGCAAAAGGCACCUGAGAAAUGAGUGGCUGGGAUCCAUAGCUCAGUGGCAAGGCACUUGUUUAGCAUGAGGAAGGGCCCUGGUCCUUGACAUCUUCAGGUAGGGCUAGGAAAAGACCCCGGCCUGAAACCUCAAAGUCUUGCUGCCUGUCAGUAUAGUCAGUAGUGAGCUAGAUGGAUUAUGGUCUUACUCACCAUAAGGCAGUUUCCUCUGUUGCUAUGCUGAUUGCUUCCAGAACUCAGACCCGGGUGUGUGUGUGUGUGUGUGUGUGUGUGUGUGUGUGUGUGUGUUGCCAUCAGUCCUCACUGCCCCGGCUUCAGGCCUGCAAGCUGGUCGUUGUGGUCCAAGGUCCUCUACAAUAAACAACUCCUGUGUGUUGCAGAUUGGGAUUGCAGGUAGAGCCCACCUCUGGAAAGGUUGAAGAGCACGGCUGUUCUGUAGCACAUUUACACAGAGCUCUAGUUGGAGCUUCAAUGUGACCUUUCCAUUAGACACGACCCUGGAAAGUCACAAAGAAGCAGAGGAACCACUUGCCCCGUGGCUUCCUCCCAAGCUGCUAGGCUAAUGCCCAGAUGUUGGCAGUGUUUGGGUUUCUUUCCCAGCCCAGCAGCUAAGGAGGAAUGAAAUCCCUGGGAGGUAGUGGUUCUUUAUUCAUGCGCAGGUGUGUGGGCUUCUUCACCUAUUACACUAUCUGCACACAUGUACAAGUGUCUGAGUGGGAGUGUGUACAUUUAUUGCUUUGCACAGCUCAACUAUUUAUACACACAGGUGCAUAGACUGUACUCUUGUUGAAUACCCUUAUGCAUAUUUACCCACAUUCAAUUCCUGCCACGCCCCCCCCCCCCCAGCCUCCACUGGCUUACGAAGAUGAAUUUUUAAAGGAGUCUAUUAAUGUAACAGAAUCAUUCAUUAUUAACACCUGCCACAAACUACAUACAAUACACUUUAAUCUGUGAGGUCCAUUUAUAAUCAUUAUAUGCACAAUAUAUAUAUUAACUAAUAUUGGAAAACUUGCAAAAUGUAUACAUAGCAGCUUUGGGGUUUUUUACUGUGGUGCUUUUCAUGCCUUUGGAUGCAUUAAACACUUCAGACAGUUAUUUUUAAA